AAAACCUCCUCUUUCCUUGUCGGUACUCUCUCUCUCUCUCUCUCUCUCUCUCUCUCCCUCACCGCGUUGAAUCUCCAGCGAGGAUCCGAAUCGCCGAAUGGGAGACGCGAAGAAGCCGAAGUCCGGCGGCGUUUGGCCCACCGUGAAGCCCUUCGUCAAUGGAGGUGCCUCCGGCAUGCUCGCCACCUGCGUCAUCCAGCCCAUCGACAUGAUCAAGGUGAGAAUCCAAUUGGGUCAGGGAUCAGCAGCUCAGGUGACAAAGACCAUGCUAAGGGAAGAGGGCAUUGGCGCUUUUUACAAGGGACUUUCUGCUGGUCUGCUUAGACAGGCCACCUAUACUACUGCACGGCUUGGAUCAUUCAGGAUUUUGACUGCUAGAGCUAUGCAAGCUAACGAUGGGAAGCCUUUACCUCUAUACCAGAAGGCCUUGUGUGGGUUAACUGCCGGUGCUAUUGGAGCUUGUUUUGGUAGUCCGGCAGAUUUAGCUCUUAUUCGUAUGCAAGCUGAUGCCACGUUACCUGCGGCUCAACGGCGGCAUUAUACCAAUGCCUUCCAUGCUCUUUAUCGCAUUGUUGGUGAUGAGGGAGUUUUGGCACUCUGGAAGGGAGCUGGCCCUACUGUGGUGAGAGCAAUGGCUUUGAACAUGGGAAUGCUGGCGUCCUAUGAUCAGAGUGUUGAGCUUUUCAGGGACUCACUUGGUUUUGGUGAAGGUGCUACUAUUAUGGGGGCUAGUACUGUGUCAGGUUUCUUCGCUGCCGCUUGCAGUUUACCUUUUGAUUAUGUCAAAACCCAAAUUCAGAAAAUGCAACCUGAUGCUGAGGGAAAGUAUCCAUACACUGGCUCCUUGGAUUGUGCAAUGAAGACCCUGAAAGCCGGAGGGCCGUUCAAAUUUUACACUGGCUUCCCUGUGUAUUGUGUUAGAAUUGCGCCUCAUGUGAUGAUGACUUGGAUAUUCCUCAACCAAAUCCAGAAGUACCAGAAGUCCCUUGGGUUAUAGAAUUUAAGCUGAUGGGAUUGUUUUCCAAGUUCACUAUCAUUAAUAAGGAUUUAAAAUACAUUUUUGCUGUGUUGAAAUCUUAGACAGGAUUGGCGAUAUCACACCCCCAAAUGCGGAAUUUUUCUUUUCUAUGAUGCAACCGAAGUAGGCUCUCUCUCAAUAUGUCUUGAUUUGUAGCAGUAAUUCUUUUUGGGGGGUUAUCAUAUAGGACACUACAGUCUUCUUAUUCUUGGGUGUUUUAAGGGAAUUACUCGGCUGAAGAGCUUUUAGGGAAAGAUUGCUCCAAGUGAAAUAAGCUUUGUACUGAGAGGAUAACUGAUUUUCUUUUUCAGAACCUACUUACCUUAGUUGCUUUUCUGGAUGGGUUUAUCAUCCACUGAAGUGAUCAAUUGAGGUUGCUUCACUCUUGUUGGA